AUGUCAUUUGUUCGCACAGCUGUCACCGCUACUCGAGGUGUACCCGGACUUCGUGCCUUCUCGACGGCACGCGUCUUUCGCGCUGAGCUGGCUUAUCAAGUCUACGGCCCAGAGAAAGAGCAGGCUACUCGGGAUCCCAUUCUGUUCCUGCAUGGACUCUUCGGCUCUAAGCAAAAUAAUCGGAGUAUCAGCAAAGCCCUAGCCCGCGAUUUGAAGCGUCAAAUUUUCUGUCUGGACCUGCGGAAUCAUGGACAGUCUUUCCAUGCCCCGGAACACAAUUAUAGUGCGAUGGCCGACGACGUCCAGGAAUUCAUUCAGCAGCAAAAGCUGGACUCGACAUCUAGUCACGAGUUCCAUCUUUCAACAUAUGCUAAUAUUGGAAAAAGGGGUGCCAAAGUGGCAAUGACAAUGGCCCUCCGUACUCCGGAGCGUGUCUCGGGCCUGAUCCCCGUGGAUAACGCCCCGGUCAACGCAACACUGAAGAGCGACUUCCCCAAAUAUGUGCGCGGAAUGCAGCAUGUAGAGAAUGAAAAAGUGAAGAAGCAGUCGGAAGCCAGCAAGAUUCUUGAGGCCUACGAAGAGUCGCUUGGAAUCCGUCAAUUCCUUCUCACCAACCUGAUCCGCUCUGAAGAUGAUGGGACAUACAAGUUCCGUGUUCCCUUGGCAGUCUUGGGCAAAUCUCUUGACAACAUGGCGGACUUCCCAUACAGCCAGUCGGACUCCAUUCAAUACAAUGGCCCAGCCUUGUUCGUUCGCGGAACGAAAUCUCAAUACGUAUCGGAUGACACGCUGCCGGCUAUCAAGAAAUUCUUUCCGAGCGCAAAGGUCGCCGACGUUGAGGCUGGGCACUGGCUUAUUUCUGAAAACCCCGAGGGAUUCAGACAGGCGGUGGUGAAAUUCCUGGGAUCACCCUAA